CAUUAGGAGGGGAGACGCUUUCCACCGCCAGCGCCGGAGCAGAGCAGGGGAGCCCUGGCAACAAGGAGAGACACAAACUCAGCAGCCCGUUACACCCUACAGGAAUGGUGACAGCGCCUGCAGACAGACAGACGUGGACAGACAGGCACCCGGAGCGCUGCCCUCCCAUUGGUGGAGAGAUCCAGACUUCACAGCAGGAAGUGCAGCUCCAGUCGGUUGUCAGCUCUCCACUGAGCAGCAGGCUCCACCUCCUCCACCCAGGAAGCUGUGCCCCCCCCCCGCUCAGGGAGUGCUGAGUCCCUGAGUCAACGCACUGCAUUCUGGGAAAGUCUGGAACCCUCUCCAUGGGCUGUACCACCUGCUGACAAACCAGGGGGGUCUGGAGGAGUUGAAUGAGGAUUGUGCUGGGUGUGGGCAGGCUUGCUUUUGCAAGGAAAUGAUUCCGCAUGAAGUGCGACGCACUCGGCCCCCCGUCGUCCUCGGCGGCAGCAGCAGGUGUGACGUCGUGACUCUCUCCCCUCCAGCUCUGAGCUCACCCUCCAGCCGCUAAACACCUCUGGACCAAACAGAACGCCCUACCCCCCCCUCUCCCCCCAUCCUCCAACCCCCCCUCUCCAUAUCUUCAUCUCCAUCUUUAAUCCCUCCUCACCUGCUUGUUAGGGUCUGGAUUUUCCUUCUUAUCACCCUGAUACACAUCGGGCUUCGGUGAACAAGAUAGAAAGAGAGUAGAGAUUUCAUAGCUUAUUACGGCGAGACAAGUGAUAGAUCAUCAAAAGUGAGAAAAAGGAAGGAAAGUGAAAUAAAAAGUCAGAAAUAGAAAAGAAAAGCAAUAGAAGGCCAAAGGUUAAGGAACGAUAAGCAAGUACAGCUUAGGGACGUGAGGCGUAGUCAGCAUGAAGUCCAAUCAGGAACGCAGUAAUGAAUGUCUGCCCCCAAAGAAGAGGGAGAUCGUCUCAAGCACAUUACCCGCUGAACUCCGCUCCCCCACCAUCCCCCCCGCCAGUGACAGCCAGCGCACAGAGAACAUGGCCUGGCUGGCCAGCGUGGCUGCUGGGAAUGAGAGUGGAGUGGGCGGUCACCGUAGCUCCAGUCAGUCGGACAGCCUCCAGUAUAAAUCCCUCUUCUCCACCUCGGACUCUUCAUCCUCCUCACUGAGUCUCGUCUCAUCUCUUCCUACAGUGUACACGUCCGCCCUGUCACAGUCCACUGUUGGAGGAACUGUCCACUACGCCCAACUGCCUCCCAACCUGCAGUUCAUAGCCUCACCCUACAGUGCCCCAUACGCGAGCUACAUCUCCCCUCAAUUGCUUCCGCCUCCUCCUCCACCUCCCCCCCUCACCUCCUCUUCGUCCUCCUCUUUGGCCGCGCAGAGACACUCGUACACAGAGACAGUGUCUGCUCCUUCGCACACCUCCAAGCACGACCAGCAGAGAGCGUCCUCGGCGCGCGCCUCCAUGCCUCCGCCUUCGACAGACCUCUACCCUCACCAAGUUCAGAUGUCAACGUCGACACGGACUGUGCCGUCACCUCAUUACCAAGGAGGCGUCCACCUUCCUCUCCAGUCACUGCACCCCCACCAUUCUUUGGGACAUGGGAUGUCCCAGCUUGUGGUGCAGUAUUCGGACGGACCCACAAGGAAAGAUGAAGGUGGCUCCAGACACAGAGAGCACCACAAUGGAGAGCUGGAAAGGGGUCGGCGGUUCGGAACACCCCCCGAGUCCAACCUCCCUAAGCCAGGGAGCAAAUCCCGGGACGCCACAUUGUCUUUGUCCUCCUACGAGGCCCGCCAGCUGGUUCUGCACUCAGACUACGCCACUCACGAUCACUCAGGGCUGAGAACCUCUUUCAUGCUGAUGCCCAACAGCCAUGGGGACCACCAGCUGGUACAACACAGAGCCGGCAACGAGAAGCUGACAACCUGUGCCCCUGCACACCUGGAGAAAGGUGGCAUCAUCCUGGGCAAGCCUGUCAAUCGCACAACCUCCUCCUCCAACACCUCCUCUUUCACGUUUGCAUCCCCAUUGAGUGUGGACAGCCUGAAAGCUGCCGUCAGCACACUGUCGCCUCAGACCGUCAUCCAGACCACCCACAGCGCCACAGAGUCACUGUCAAUGGGUCUCCCCUCCUCCAGUAUCUACCCUCAGCCACCUAUCAUUGGGUACAUAGCAGGGGGCGCUGGGAGCCAUACGCCGAUCAGCUAUCACACCAGCCUACAACAACACUUACUCAUUCCUGGCACCCAACCAGUCAUUAUCCCUGUAAGUGGAAGUGGAGUGGCCACAUUGGAGCCUGUAACCUCCCAAGUAACAUCAUCUAGCCAAGCCGCCUCGUUUCCUCCCAGACUCCCACACACAUACAUUGCGGCCCCCAAAGGAGAAACUCUAGAGCACCACGGCGGCUCGUAUCACCAGAGCGUUUCAGGCGCAGUGGUCCAAGCCCAGCUUCAUCUCCCCAUUUUUCCCGCUCCGCCAGGGGUGGUCGCGACUUCUGCUCCUCCUUCCUCAUCCAGUACGGGGGUGCCCCCAUCACUCCCCCCUUAUUUCAUCAAGGGCUCCAUCAUCCAGCUGGCCGACGGGGAGCUGAAACGUGUGGAGGACCUGAAGACGGAGGACUUUAUCCAGAGCGCUGAGAUCAGCAGCGACCUGAAGAUCGACUCGUCCACAGUGGAGCGCAUCGAAGGGAGCCCCGCCUCACACAACUUCGCUGUGGUGCAGUUCUCCGUUGGGGAGCACCGUUCACAGGUGAGCGUGGAGGUCCUGGUGGAGUACCCCUUCUUCGUGUUCGGCCAAGGCUGGUCUUCAUGCUGCCCAGACCGGACCACGCAGCUUCUGGAGCUGCCUUGCACCAAGCUCUCUGUGGGCGACGUUUGUAUUUCCCUCACCCUGAAGAACCUGAGGAACGGAUCCCUGAAGAAGACCCAGCCCCUGGAACUGGUUACCCCUUCCUCUGGUUACCUCAAACCCCCCAGAGCUGUCUCAGAGCGGGAGAACGGCAUCAGCCAGCGAGGGAGCGCUGCCAGUGGGAAUGGAGGCACCGACGUGGGAAACGGGGAUCUCAUGCUUGGGGAAAGAGGGGCACUUUCUAAAGGUCAGGUUUCCAGCAGCGCACAAGCUGGCACCAGCAAGCCAUCAGGAAGCAGGAAGAGAAGAUGGUCUGCUCCUGAAGGUCGGAAAGUAGAAAAAUCAGAGGAGGAGCCACCUUUGACCCUGCCCAAACCUUCCUUCAUCCCCUACGAGGUGAAGGUCAGCUUCGAGGGAAGGUCAAAUAUUGGCAAGUGAAGCGCAGGACUGUAUAUUCAUCCAUUGGGAUUAGGAAAACAUAAAUGGACUCUACAAGAAAAAAUGAAUGCCCACAUUAAUGUUUCAUUUGUCUUGAUUUUAAAGUUUUGUUUUCCGAUUUUAUUUUUCUAUCUUGAAUACUGUGCUGUAGAGGUAAAUGUACCCUACAUGGUAUCACCUUAAGUCCAUGUAGUCAAUAACACAUUUUGUAAUAGUUGGAUUUGAUAUCACUUGAGCAAUCGCUGCCGUUUCUGAUGGUUUUCAUGAGAUGACUCGGGUGAGGGAUUUGUGAGGUGUGCUAGAUGUUUAUUGGUUGCUGUGUGGCACAUGACGCAAUGCUUGAUAGCUCUUUUUGGCUGGCUACACAUUAUGGACAUUUCAAAUUUAAUUAGCUCACAGUUUAGACUCUUGAUAGUGAUUUCACUUCCUGUGCCUGGACAAAAAUGCCUAAAUGUGAUCCUGAAAAAAAGAUCCUGAGUUUAAAGGAUUUGUUAAAACCAUAACUAUAUUUUUUUCCAAAUCAGAGUGGUAGUUGGAAAACAAUCGUUCUCCCUGUGGGCCGGACCUAAGCAGUGAAGUCAUCAGGUGUUGCCAGUGUGCCACACAAAAGAGAGGGAACAACACUCACUCUGUUCAGUGCGAUGACGGUGGAGUCUUUCAUCUUGAGCGUUGUCUUCUUGUUUCUCAUAAUCUCCUCAUAUUCUAACUCACAUGAUCCAAUGAUUGUCAAAAGAACGUAACCAGGGGUCAUUAAGUCCUAGAUUUUGAACCUAGGUGGGUCAAUGUUAAUGUAUCAAUGUGAGAUACCCUAACCUAAAGCAUAGAAGUGCGAACACACUGGGUCACUUCAAGAAAAUGUUGAGAGGAAGACAAUCCUCAUGGUUUUUGAUGAAUUACUUUAUACUUUUUUAUGGAGAAGAGGCUGUGUGAGAGGACAGAGAGAAUCAGCUCUGAGAGAGUCAGGAUGUUUCAAAGCACUUAACACACCUGUCACACUCACCAUACAGCCGACACAUUGGUGUUGUCUCUUUAUUAACGCAGUACUGUAUGUUUUUAGAUCUUUUUUUUUUGUAUUAAGACAAGGGUAGAAAGUAGCAACAGCACUUUGGAAAGUUUAAGCUUUUGGAGAAGUGAAGGUGGGAGCGGAUGUGCCAUGGGAUCACUAAGAGGAGAUGAUUGUAUCAGGUAUUGGAGAAUGUUUCCAGUUAGUAGACAGUUAGAGAAAAAAUAACGUUGACAAAAGGAAUUUAGAAGUAUGAUGGUUCUCAGCAUGUGCACUUGUACAGCCAGCCAGCCAUAUAAAGGUUAGGGGAAAGUAUUGGAAUGUGUUUUUGAAAGUUCAGGAUCUGGCAUGAGGAUUAACAAAGAACAGGCUUUUGAAAUAUCCCACUGAUGUUCUGUACUCGACUGAGAGCAUCGAUUAGAAGCUCACGCCACAGAAUUUUGAGGGUGUCAUAUAUUUGUAAUGUGUGUGCGCAUGAGGUUGGGUCUGUGUAUGUCCGUACAAACACUUACACAAACUCAAAACAGUACACACCAUCCAUGAAUGACCUGUAAUAUGUACUGUAUCGAGACGAAUGCGGACGCUUUGUGGUCCCUACUGCAAAGACACUAGUUGAAUGGAUUAAUGCACAGUACAGUAGAGUGGUGUGUUUGUGUACCUGUGUCAGUUUGUGUAUGAGUAUGUAUACUGUGUAUAGCAUAAAGGUUAUACUCACUUGAUAUAUAGACAAUGUUAAAUGUCCAGUGUUUCUACUUGGAGUCGUACUUAAUAGAAUCUUGCAAUUUGCACAUCAGGAGGAGGGAGAACGGUGGAGACGUGAUGUUGAACCGCCCGGCCCUGAAACGAGCCCUAGACCACGUGACACACUGGAGGAGACCAGGGUCUUUGUUCCUCAACAGGCACUUGUCACAUUAUAGAGGAAAAUAAACGCAGUUAAGGUCAAAUUAGAUUUGAGUUUUUAGGAACAUAACCGUAGCUGUAAAACAGAAUCUUAACACGUGCCUGCCUACUGAAUUUACUGACUUAAGAUAUGCCAUUUAUCCAAAGGAACAUUUAGAUUUUUUGUCCACUUUUCUGCUGUUGAAACCAGGGUGCAGGGACUAGGGUUCAGUUUUGAACACAGCCUGUGCUUUCAGUCAGCUGAAACCCUAUUUGCAGCAAAAGAUGCAGAAAUGACCUCAACAGAUACGCCUGCUUGGUUGUCCCAGAAUGUAACUGUUUUAUUAAACUAAAUUGGCAAUUAUUUUUAAAUUCAUCAGUGGAGUCUGGGAUUUAAAGAUGUGGAUUCUUGCAGGCAUAUCUGUUGAGCGUUCUCCUCAGCCUCUGCAUUCAGGUAUUGGUAUAGAGAAAGUCGUUGGUUGCCUCUAAGAAGCAGAUCAGUCAAAUUUGAAUCCCACUGAUAAUGUAGGUGUUAGUGUGUUGGGCAACGCUUCAGGUGGUGGGAGUUUACCGGGGUGAUGGUGGGAUGGAUGUGUGCUCAGAUGGAUGAAGAAUGUUUUAGAUGUUGAUGGGGAGUGAAUGAGUAGACCCCUUAUGGGAUUUGAAAAUGCUUUAUUUUUUUAUAAUAAAACAGGGUUUCACAGAUCAACCCCACCACAGUACAUUUUCAUUUCUUCCUUUUCCAAUUGAAUCAUAAUGAUCAUUACGAGUGCAAAUAGAAAUAUGUGUGUGUGUCUGUUUUGCAAUCUGUGUGUGGCUGUGUUUUGUAAAUGUCAUACACACAACCCCUUCCCAACAAUUGUAAAAAGCAGAACCACAACAUGUUAUCAAACCUCUGCUUAGAGCAUUUUUAUUUUUAGCCAAAGCCAAUUGAUGCUGAAGUUUGGUUACUUUAGAAAGCAAUAGUAUGACUAAUAUUCAGGCAAUCUCCUUGUGUAUGAGUUGAACACACACACACACACACACACACACACACACACACUUGCACAAACACAAACAGAGUCAUUCCGCUCAAAUUCUCGGCAAUAAACAUGUAAUAAAAACCAUCUAACAUCGAA